UUUAAUCUUCUUUCUUCCUAUUCUCACACCGCCGUUCUCUCCCCAAAACCCUCGUUAAACCCUCUCUCUCUCUCUAUCUCUGCUGUUUUCAGCGAGAAUGGAAAAACCCAUCUCCGCAGUUCUGAUUUUUCUAUGUUUUCUCUCACUCAUUUCUCUCUCGAGCUCUCUUUCUACAAUCCACGACAUCCUCCGAAGCAACGGCCUGCCUGCAGGGCUCCUCCCAAAAGCUGUGAAAUCCUUCACCCUCAACGAAUCGGGCGCUCUUGAGGUCUUCCUUGACCGCCCUUGUCUCACCAAGUACGAGAACAGCAUCUUCUUUGAUGCCGUCGUCCGUGGAAAUCUCAGCUACGCCGCCCUCACCGACCUCGUCGGACUUUCGCAGUUAGAGCUCUUUCUGUGGCUGCCUGUGAAGGACAUCAUCGUCGACGACCCCAAUUCCGGCCUCAUACUUUUCGACAUCGGUGUUGCCCAUAAGCAACUCUCGCUUUCGCUCUUCGAAGAUCCGCCAGAUUGCAAGCCGGAGGGAGAAGCGGGGUUGGGUCUCAGAUCAGGGUUUUUGUGGAAUAAUGGAAGGAAAGAGAAGGGAUUUGCAGAGCAGAGAUAGAUUGAGAUAUGGUUUGAAUUUGUUUGUUUUUUUUUCAUUUUCUCUCUUUCUUUCUUUUUUCUUUUUUUUUUCUUCUUCCAUCAAGGUUUUGAAAUCAUAUUAGGUCUGUAAAUGUGAAGUUUGAGUGAACUUUCCCUAAUCUAGUAAAGAAAAAAAAAAAAACAUGGUCUUGAAUUUUCUUUUUCUAAAAGGGUAAUGAAACAUCAUGACAUGUGCAACCAAACGCAACCAAAUACAUAUGAAGAGAUGGAGAUGGGUUUCUUUCUA